AUGUCGAAUAGUAAUUAUGAUCAAUCUAUUGAACCUCUUAACUCUUCACGAAAAACUUUUCGAAGUCAUAGUGCAAUUCAAGCUCAUCGUGGUGAUGUUCCAAGUAAACAUGAUGAAUAUCUAAUUCAAUUGCAAGAACGAAAUCGUUUACUUAAAACAUAUCAAACUCAACGACAACCAAAAGAUAAUAGUGCUAAAAAACGUGAAACUGGUUUUCAGUUAUAUUUAAAUGGAGCUCAUAGUGCACCACAACGACGACCAGUAUCUAUUACAAAUAAUGCAACAAAUCGAUUUGUAACUCCUUCACCUUCGUUUUCUAAUUUUUCAUUUCCAACACCAUCAAAUACAACACAACAGAAACAUUCAUUACUACCAAACGGUCGUCGUCAAUGGACAUCAUCAACAAAAACAAAAAUUAAAACAGCUGACGGUUCUAUUAUUGCUGAUAUUGAUCAAAAUUCUAUUCCUGAUAGUAAUCCGCAAUUACCACCACAUUCCAAAUCUUUAUUCAAUAAUAGACAAUUUCAACAAGUAACAUCUAAACGUGCAGUUAAAUCAGCUGGAACCCCUAGUGAAGCAUUGCCAAAAUCUGCAUGGGGUAAUCAAGUGAUUGAAAUAGAUGCUAGUCAGAUAAUAGCUAAUGGAACAAAUGAUCAGGUAUCAUUUGGUAAGAUGGCACCAGAUAAUAUCGAUCAAAGUUGGAUGCCAAAUUGGUUUAAUAAAACAAAAAUAACUGAAAAUAUUCAAGAAUAUGAAUCUGAUUUCGAAGAAUCUUCUUCUGAUAAUGAUAAUGAUGAUAAUGAUAACCAUCAAAUAUUAAGUCGUGUUUCUUUAUCUCUUGAUGAUAUACCAUCUAUAGUUAAACUCUCAAUAUCGCAUGAGCAAAAUAAUGACGAAGAAAAGACAAUUCAACAAGAGAAUUCUUAUCUAUCGUCACCGGUAGGUAGGUAA